AGACCGUGGCUUUUCUUUUCAGAAGAAGGAGAGCAUUGAGGCUCCUUACUUAUGGCUGAAGACAACAAAGAAAACCCAUUUAAGGUUUUCGAAUCCUUGGGCAAAGAAAUAUUGAGUGACCUUUUGGAUAAUGUGGAAAAAAAAUACCUGAACUUGUCGGGCACAGAAAAGGAAAAAUUUUAUGAUGCCAAACCUGCAGACAAGCUUCGGGUGUUGGAGGCCUCUGUCCGAAAGAAGCGCGAUGAGGCAGGCCGAAUCCUUGUCGAAACGUUCUUUAGCAAGGAAAAAGAGUCCACCAGUGCAGAAGUUCUUCCAGAAAUCAAGGCUGGACCAGAUGAAUCAGCAGAAUUCACAGAUCCUCUCAAGCUCUGUCCUCGUGAAGAAUUCCAGAGACUGUGUAAAGAAAAGGCUGGAGAGAUCUAUCCAAUCAAAGAAAGAAAGAACCGCACUCGUCUGGCUCUCAUUAUAUGCAAUAUAGAGUUUAACAAUCUCUCUCGGAGGAGUGGGGCUGAGGUUGACAUCGAAGGGAUGAAGAGGUUGCUUGAGGGCCUGGGCUACAGCGUGGAUGUGAAAAAACAACUCACAGCCACGGAGAUGCAGUCAGUGUUGCAGGAAUUUGCUGCCCGCCCAGAGCACAAGUCCUCAGACAGCACUUUCCUGGUGUUCAUGUCUCAUGGCUUCCUGGAAGGAAUAUGUGGAACUAUGCAUAGUGAAGAACAACCAGAUAUGUUAUCCUAUGACACCAUCUUCCAGAUUUUCAACAACAACAACUGCCAGAGUCUAAAGGACAAACCGAAGAUUAUCAUUGUCCAGGCCUGCAGAGGUGAAAAGAAAGGAAUAUCGUGGCACAAGGACUCUCUAUCAGUCUCAGCAGACAGCUCUUCACAGUCAUCUGAGAACCUGGAAGAGGAAACUAUUCACAACGCCCACAUGGAGAAAGACUUCAUUGUUUUCUGGGCCUCAACACCACAUAAUUUGUCCUGGAGAGAUGAAACACAGGGUUCUCCCUUCAUCACACGACUCAUCACAUGCUUACAAAAAUAUUCUUGGUGCUAUCACCUAGAAGAAGUAUUUCAGAAGGUACAACAAUCGUUUGAAAAACCAUCUAUUAAAACCCAGAUGCCCACUAUUGAACGGGUCACUUUGACAAGAGAUUUCUAUCUCUUUCCUGGCAAUUAAAAAUAGUAAAUAUCAACAGUUUUUUAUUGACAGAUGAAAUACAUGGGAGAGUAAUAUUGGUGAUGUGGUCCAAUGACUAAUGAUAACUGAUUGCUUGAAUGAUCAAAUUAGUGUUCUUUGUUGACAUACCUUUCCUGAUCCCUAAAAUCAGUCAAGGAGGUAAGCAAAACCAAAACUAGAGAUACAUUAAUAAUGAAGGACAGAGAGUAGCAAUUUUUAAAAUAGAAAUGUAGUCAUGCUUUGUCACGGAUUGAAUUGUGUCCCCCCAAAAAUGUGUGUAAUAACUUGGCUAGGUCCUGAUUCCC